GGGGAAAGGCGUUGGGUCCGACAGGAAAAUAGGUCCGUCUGGAAACUGGGGCCCCAGACACUUUUGGUUCCGCGAUGGGGGCGGUGGAUUGCCAUUGUCACCUGGCGGCGCCCGACUUCGAAGCGGACAUAGAGAGUGUAUUGGAAGAAGCAAAGAAGGCUAAAAUAUUAGCCCUGGUGGUAGUUGCUGAACAUUCAGGAGAUUUUGAAAAAAUUAUUCAGCUUUCAGAAAGGCACUCAGGAUUUGUCUUUGCAUGUCUGGGGAUCCAUCCGGUUCAAAGCAGUCCAACAGGAUGUGAACACAGUGCUACUUUACAGGAUCUAGAUGCAGCAUUGCCACUCAUAGAACUCUAUAAGGACCAGUUGUUGGCCAUAGGAGAGGUUGGUCUGGAUUUCACACCACGAUUUGCCAGCACUGAAGAGCAGAAGAAAGGGCAAAGACAAGUCUUGAUCAAACAGAUUCAACUGGCAAAACAAUUUGAUUUGCCUUUGAAUGUCCACUCCCGCUCAGCUGGAAGGCCAACCAUUAACCUCUUAAAGGAACAAGGUGCUGAAAAGGUGCUGCUCCAUGCAUUCGAUGGCAAGCCAUCAGUGGCUAUGGAAGGGGUGAUGGCUGGGUACUUUUUCUCCAUUCCUCCUUCCAUUGUAAGGAGUGAGCAGAAGCAGAAACUUGUGAAGCAGCUGCCUCUAGAAAGCAUUUGCUUAGAAACAGAUUCUCCUGCUCUAGGUCCUGAAAAACAGGUAAGAAAUGAACCAAAGAAUAUCUUCAUUGCUGCAGAAUACAUUGCUAAAAUCAAAGGAAUUUCGGUGGACGAUGUUUUACACAUAACAACACAGAAUGCACUGAAGGUUUUCCCCAAAUUGAAAAACAUCAUCCGGAAGUAGCAAUGUCUUAAUCUAAGACAGGCAAAUAUCCUUGUUAUCUGUGGACAUAUGGACAUAAUUUUACAUUUUGUUUUAGGUUCUGUCUUUGGUUCUUCUAUCAUGUCUGUCAGUUGACCAGUGGGGUCAAGUAUAGAAUUUAUGGUUCUGUUUUUUAAAUUUAGUGACAUUCAGAUUCUUCUUAAAGGAGUUAGCUAUAACUGUUAUUUUACAUCUACAAAUUAAUUCCUUUUGAGCCUAAUGAGCAAUUAAAGGCAGAGGAAAGGGUAUGUGAAUAAAGCUAAGUCAUUUAUUUCUCA